UAAGCCCCGCCCAUUCUGUCGCCACCACGUGACCACUACCGUAGCAACAACAGCUAGCUAAGUUACCCUCGCGCUGUCGUUAAGGCUGGAAGUUAAGCUCGUCUGUGUUGUACUCUUGACGCAUAUUAACGACCUCGUUCAGAGCUGUAAGGACAUCAUUCAGCUCCAGCAUGUGCUCCGUGGUCGGGUGUGUUUCGGGUCCUCACGGUGCUCAACGGUUCAGGUUACCGGAGGAUCCUGAGAGGAGACUGGAGUGGGUUCAGUUCCUGGCUGCAGUCAACAAGCAGCGGUUCAAAGAGGCGUCCUGGACUGACAUUACAAUAUGUAGCGAGCACUUCAAAGAGGACUGCUUUGAGAAGGUGUUAUAUUCUUCAGGUGUGACUGUGAAGGUCCAGAGCAGGUUAAACCCCAGUGCUGUCCCAUCACUGUGUCUCCAGUCAGAGACACAUCUGGAGAGACCAACACAUGUGGAGCCUGAGGAAACAACAGAAGUUGAUCAGACUUCAAUGGCUGCCCAAGGAAGCCCAGUCCCUUUAGAUGCUUUUAUAUCUGUACCCGGCCAGAUGCAACCAAAAAAUAUAAAUUUUGAUUUGAUCCGAGAAAAAGCUGGACUUCUGCACAUGAAAGGGAAGUACGUCGUGAACGAAAAAUGCCUGUUCCAGUUGUUCAGCCACAAGUGCCCGUCAUGUGGCUCUAAAGUGAAGAUGGAGAAGGUCACCUAUGGGGUGCUCAUCAUCUUGAACCAACAGUGCCCUCAGUGUGACUACAGAAACCAGUGGAAAAGCCAAAUCAACGCCAGUGUCCCAGGAGAUGGAGAUCAACACCUGACAGAAGUAAAAACAGAGACCCAACAGGCAGUGCCAACUGGGUUCACGGGGGUCCCUGAGAUUGUUGCUGUUAUUGAUGAGGAGAUGGAUGAUCCCAUGGAUGAAUUGAGUGAUCAGGGGGUCAUGGAUUCAGAUGAGGACUGGAAGCCAAAGAAGGGUUCCUUUCAUGCUAGAAUGCUUAAAAAGAUACCCGAUACCGAAAGCAAAGAUGAAGAUGGUAACGAUGAUCCUCCACUUGCCCGCCGACAUGGUCAGCUCUGCACAGAGUGUGGAAAGUUUUUCAAUAAUCAGUGGCCUCACACAUGCGAGCACAAAAUUAAACCCUAUUCUUGCAAUAUUUGCGGUAAGAGAUGCGUCAGUGAGAACGCUCUUAGAACUCACAGCCGAAUCCACGAUGAAAACUAUGAGUUUCGGUGCAAAUACUGUGAAGUUAAGUUCAAAAGAAAGGCGGACAAAAUGACUCACCAGCAGAUCCACCUAACUCAAAAGAAACCCUUUAAAUGUCCCGACUGUUCGGAGACGUUUGCCACAAAUCAGCAACGCAAAAUCCACCUGGACGAUCACAGAGGCCCUCAACAGUUAAAAUGUCACAUCUGCGGGGUUGAAUUCCUCUGGCCACUUUGUCUCCAGAGACACUUAUCUGUGCACACAGGAGCGAGGCCGUUUAAGUGUUCAGUGUGCCAGCGUGGCUUCAGCCAGGGAAGCCACCUGAAAUCACACAUGCGUCUGCACACAGGAGAGAGGCCUUUUAAGUGUCAGCACUGUGACGAACGCUUCAAUCACAACGUGAGCUUGAAGAGUCACGUCCAGCGUUACCACUCAUCGAGCUCCGGACGUGAAGAGAAGAAAGAAAAUGAAAGUGACACCGGUGAUGCUCGGGAGAAUGGGAACAAGAGAGGUUCAGUUUCAGGGCUUGACAAUGUAGAGGAAGAACAUGAUAAAGAAGAGGAGGUGCAGAAGGAGAGGAAAGAUAUGCCAAAAUGUAAAAAGAGAAGCACAGGUAGACCCAAAGGAAGGCCGAAGAGCUAUGAAUCGGGCAACUCAGUGGAAGGCCAGUGUUCAAACACCAAGACUGUAAAACAACAGUCAAAGAGAACAAAACGCAGCGAUGAGGAAAGUGAGGAUGAGCCGAGUGACACUUACACAUCCUUUGAUUCAGCAGAAGAGGAAGAGGAGAGCUGCAAGAAGGCGAUGAAGAACACAGCGAGAUCAAGGGGAAGACCAAAACAUUGUGAUAGUGAUUCUGAUUUUGACCCAGCAGAAAGAAAGAAAAAGAGGUACAGCUCAGGGAAGCGUAGGGGAAAACCAAGGAAUAAUGUUAAAAAAGAGUCUUAAAGGUGCUGUUGAUAACAGUCAGCCACUAGAUGUAUUCACUUCACAACAAGUGGAUACACAACCUGCAGAUUUUUUGUUCGAGAGUCAGACACGUGAUACCAACGUUGUUGUAUUAUUGUCUCACAAGUCUUGUUAGAAGUGGGAUCCAAAUGUUGGAUAUCUUCCACAGAGAUAAACAAAACAUUAAUUUUGGACCCGUCAAGAUUUUUUAAAUG